AUUACUCUGUAUAAAUUGUUCUUGGCAUCCAUUUCUUAAAUCUGCAUCCGGUUCGUCUCUUCCAUUUCAAUUCACCCUUGUCAGUUUUGUAUAGUUAGGGCUAUUCUUACGCAUGCAUAACGUGGGAGAACACGGAAACGAACUAUAAUCCCAAAUUCAGGCCACAGAAUCUUGUCGCCAUCAGUUGGAAGAGGACGGAAGGAAAUUGCUAUGCCGCUAUUCUUGUCGUCAGAGGAGUUCCAGAGCUGCUCGAAUGACGCAGCUCUGGUGGCGGAGAAGGCGGACGCUUUCAUCCAGGAACUUAUGAACCAACUGGAGACGGUGAAAGCCAAAGCUGAUGCCGCGUCCAUUACUGCCGAACAAACUUGCUCUCUCCUCGAGCAGAAGUACGUCUCCCUCUCCUCCGAGUUCUCCAGCCUCCAGUCCCAGCACUCUCAGCUGAACGCCUCUCUGGAAGAGCGCCUCACCGAAAUAACUGAACUCCGAGCCCAAAACCACCAAAUUCAUUUGCUAUCCACUGGCAAGGAUGGGGAUAUUGAACGGCUGUCGACUGAGGCAUCAGAGCUUCAUAAAUCCAAGAGACAGUUGAUAGAGUUAUUGGAGCAGAAAGAAUUAGAGAUCAGUGAGAAGAGUUCGAUAAUCAAGAGCUAUCUUGAUAAGAUUGUCUACUUGACUGAGAAUGCUGCUUCUAAGGAAGCACGAGUCAAUGAGUUGGAGACUGAACUUGCACGAUCUCAGGCUUCUUCUACUCGCAUUUGUCAGGAGAAAGAGCUCAUAGAGAGGCAUAACUCAUGGCUUAAUGAUGAGUUAAAAGUCAAAGUUGAUAAUCUUAUUGAGCUGCGGAAAGCACAUAGUGAACUUGAAGCCGAAAUGUCUGCUAAGCUCGCAGAUGUUGAGAAAAAUUGGAACGAGACAUCUAGCUCUUUGAAGUGGAAUAAAGAUAGGGUGAAAGAAUUGGAAUCAAAGUUAGCCUCCUUAGAGCAGGAGUUACUGUCAGGUAAGGAUGCAGCUGCCACUAUUGAGAAGCAGCUCUCUUCGGAAAUCUCAACAUGGAAAAAGCUCGUGGACCUAUACAAGGAGAGCUCUGAGGAAUGGUCCAAAAAGGCUGGGGAGCUUGAGGGAGUGGUCAAGGCUUUGGAGACUCAUUUAGUUCAAGUUGAAGAUGACUAUAAGCAGAGGCUUGAGAGUGAAGCAUCAGCAAGAAAGGAAAUUGAAAAGGAAGCUGAUUGUUUGAAGGAAAAUUUUGAAAAGUGUGCAGCCGAGUUGGAAAGUUUUAAGAGGAAGGACCAGCUAAAACCACUUCCCCUGAGUAGUUUUACUUCUGAAUUAUGGGUGGACCCAAGGGAAGGUACAAACACUGUUGAGGAUAAUCGGAUGCUUUUGCCAAGUAUUCCUGUUGGUGUCUCUGGAACUGCAUUAGCAGCUUCCCUUCUUCGAGAUGGUUGGAGUUUGGCUCAAUUGUACACCAAAUAUCAAGAAGCUGUUGACGCGUUGCGGCAUGAGCAAUUGGGAAGAAAACAAUCUCAAGCAAUUCUGGAGCGUGUACUUUAUGAGAUAGAGGAGAAAGCAGGUGUCAUCUUGGAUGAGCGAGCUGAACAUGAGAGAAUGGUUGAGGCGUACUCUUCACUUGACCAAAAAUUGCAACAUUCUCUUUCUGAACAAACUGCUCUACAGAGUCACACCCAAGAACUAAAGGCCGACUUGAGGAGGCAUGAACGUGAGUAUGCUGCAGCCCAAAAGGAGGUUGUUGAUCUCCAAAAGCAGGUUUCUGUUCUUCUAAAGGAAUGCCGGGACAUACAACUGCGUGGUGGAUCUGUUUGUCAUGAUUAUGGUGAUGCUUUUAUGGCUGGUUCUGGUGUGUCGACUGAAGAUGCUUAUAAUGCUGCUGAUGUUAUUCCUGAGCAGUUGCUGGCUUUCAAAGAUAUUUCUGGAUUGGUUGAACAGAAUGUCCAGCUCAGACGCCUUGUUCAUAGCCUCUCUGAGGAUAUUGCAUCUCGAGAAACUGAGUUAAAGGAGAAGUAUGAAAAAGAGCUUCAGAGGCAUACUGAUGAAGCUGGCUCUAAAGUUAAUGCUGUAUUAGCUCGAGCUGAAGAGCAGGCACGCAUGAUUGAAUCACUUCACACCUCUGUAGCAAUGUACAAGAGGUUGUAUGAAGAAGCUCAUAAACCUCGUUCUCCGAAUCCUCUACUUCAAGAAGCUGUGCCAGUGGAGCGAGGGAAGGCUAUCAUUGGCCUAGCUGACGAUUCUUAUGAAUCUUUGAAGAAGGCACAAGAAAAGGCUCAUAAGCAGGUGAAAUAUCUUGAUGAAGAAUUAGGGAAGUCAAGGUGUGAGAUCAUAUCGUUGCGAUCAGAAUGUGACAAGUUAGCUCUAGAAGCACAACUAGCACGAGAAAAACUUGAAAGGUUUAUGGCAGAAUAUGAACACCAGAGAGAUGAAUAUAAUGGGUUGCUAGCAAGAAAUGUUGAGUUCUCACAGUUGAUAAUUGACUACCAAAGAAAGCUACGUGAUAGCUCGGACUCGCAGAGGGCUGCUGAGGAGCUUUCACGAAAAUUAACCAUGGAGGUCUCUCUUGUCAAGCAAGAAAAGGAAAUGUUGUUGAAUGCUGAGAGGAGAGCUGCUGAUGAAAUUCGUAGCUUGUCAGAGAGGGCUCAUCGUCUGCAGGCUAGUUUGAAUACUAUAGAGAGCACGGAAGAAGUUCGAGAGGAGGCCAGAUGUGCUGAAAGAAAAAAGCAGGAGCUAUAUAUUAAUCAAAUUGAGAGAGAAUGGGCUGAGGCAAAAAAAGAGCUUAAUGAAGAGCGUGACAGGGUCCGAAAUCUUACACUAGAGCGGGAAAGUUCCCUGAACAGUGCAUUGAAACAAGUUGAAGAAAGUGGAAAAGAAUUGAGUAAAGCCUUACAUGCACUUGCUGCAGCUGAGGCUAGGGCAUCUAUUGCCGAGGCCCGAUGCUCUGAGUUGGAGGAGAAGAUGAAGUUGGCCCAUUUUGAGGCUUCUGAGAAAUAUGGAAAAGGUGGACCUAACUCUACUGCUAAUAAUGAGAUUGUAUUGGAUUUGCACACUGCUGAACAUGAAAUUGCAAAAUUGAGAGAGGAAGCACGAAUCAACAAGGAUCACAUGCUUCAGUAUAAAAACAUUGCUCAGGCUAGUGAAGAAGCUCUUAAACAGCUGGAAGUUGUCCAUGAGAACUCAAAAGCAGAGGCGGAGAAUUUGAAGAAGUCGCUCGAGGCAGAACUUUUAUCUCUCAGACAAAGGGUUACUGAACUUGAAGAAGAAUGCAACUUGAAAAAUAAGGAAGUGGAAUUUGCAACUGUCAGGAAGGAAGAAGCUCUUGCUGCUGCUUUAUCAGAAAUUGCAUUUCUAAAAGAGGAUUGCUCGGUUAAGACGUCUCAAGUUGCAGUUUUGGAAACACAAAUUUCUUCUUUAAAAGAUGAUUUAGAGAAAGAGCAUCAAAGAGCACGUGCUGCUCAAGCUAAUUACGAAAGACAGGUUAUUCUACAGUCUGAUACGAUUCAGGAGUUGACUAGAACUUCACAAGCUUUAGCUACACUGCAAGAAGAAGCAUCCGAGCUUCGCAAAUUGUCAGAUGCACUGAAAACAGAAAAUAUUGAACUCAAGGCCAAGUGGGAAACUGAGAAGUCAGUGCUUGAUGUUCUGAAGAACGAUGCAGAUAUGAAGUAUAAUGAGGUUAAUGAACUGAACAAGGUAUUACAUAGCAAGUUAGAGGCUUUACACAUCAAAUUGGCCGAGAAGGACCGUCAUUCUUCCUGUGUUUCUGGAAGCUCUUCUCAGGAUUCUCUUGAUGAUGAUAAUGGUUUGGGACAUAUUGUAAAUUACCUCCGACGCUCGAAAGAAAUUGCAGAAACAGAAAUUUCUUUGCUAAAACAGGAAAAACUGCGACUUCAAUCACAGCUUGAAACUGCUCUGAAGGCAGCAGAGUCAGCUCAAGCGUCACUUAAUGCUGAGCGAGCAAAUUUAAAGACAUCGCUGUUCACUGAGGAAGAGUUCAAAUCUCUACAGCUUCAGGUUCGAGAAAUAAGUUUGCUUCGGGAAAGUAACAUUCAACUCAGAGAGGAAAACAGGCAUAAUUUUGAGGAAUGUCAGAAACUUCGUGAAGCUCUUCAAAAAAUUAGUAUUGAAAUGGAAAUUAAGGAGAGAAGUCUUGAGGAGAGGCAAAAAGAGGUUGAAGCUUGUAGGAGAGAUAUUGAAAAACAGAUGUUGGAGAAAGAAGAUUUUAAACGGAAGGUUGAUGAGUUAUUGGAGAAGUCCAAGAGUUUUGAUGUGGAAGAUUAUGACCGUUUGAGAGAAUCAGUUCAGCAGAUGCAGGUAAACCUUAGAGAAAAGGAAGCUCAAUUAGAAGAAAUGAAGGUGGUAUUAUCUGAGAGGCAAAGUGUGAUAUCACGUUUGGAGCAGGAUGUUUCAAGGAGUAAAAUAGAAAGGAAUGAAAAGGAGUCCAGGAUAAAUGAAAUAUCUCGAGUUGAGGCUUCUUUGAGAUCAGAUCUUGAAAAGCAGAGGAGGGUGAUAGCUCAAUUAAAGAAGAAAUCUGAAACCUUGUCAAAAGAAAAGGAAGACAUGAGCAAAGAGAACCUUGUUCUUUCCAAACAAUUAGAAGAUGCUAAGCAAGUGAAAAGGAGUCUUGGAGAUGCUGCAGGUGAGCAUGCCAUGAAGGAGAAGGAGAAGGAGAAGGAGGAGAAAGACACCAGAAUACAGAUUCUGGAAAAAACUGUGGAGAGGUUGAGAGAGGAAUUGAAGAAGGAAAAGGAUGAACAUAAAACAGAGAAAGCAAAGCGACUGAAGACGCAGAAGACAAUUAGUGACUCAUAUGAGACUGUUUCUCAGGUGUGCUUGCUCGUUGAACUGGCUUUUUAUUUUUUAGACUUGUGA